AUGCGGAGUGGGCUGAAUAUUUCCAGCAGCAGAAGUUUUUCUAAAGGACAGGACAACAACAGAACUAUACUAAGCAAGAUUAUGAAGAAAUCUUCUAAUAAGACAACCAAGGAUUCCAGCUCUCCAAACUCAAGCAAUUUCUCAGAACCCUAUAUGUCUACAAAGGAUAUCAUAAACACAAAACCUUUCUCAUGUUCUGAAUGCGGAAAAUGUUUUCGCUGGCCGUCAGAAAUUGUUAUACAUCAGAGAACUCACACGGGAGAGAAACCUUUCUCAUGUGCUGAAUGUGGGAAAUGUUUUGGCUUGCACUCAAAUCUUGUUAAACAUCAGAGAACUCACACAGGAGAGAAACCUUUCUCAUGUGCUGAAUGUGGGAAAUGUUUUAGCCAGUGCUCAGGUCUUAGUACACAUCAGAGAACUCACACAGGAGAGAAACCUUUCUCAUGUGCUGAAUGUGGGAAAUGUUUUAACAGACAUGCUCCCCUUGUUUUACACCAGAGAACUCACACAGGAGAGAAACCUUUCUCAUGUGCUGAAUGUGGGAAAUGUUUUAGCCAUAACUCAACUCUAGUUAACCAUCAGAGAACUCACACAGGAGAGAAACCUUUCUCAUGUUCUGAAUGUGGGAAAUGUUUUAGCCUUAACUCAGCUCUAGUUAAGCAUCAGAGAACUCACACAGGAGAGAAACCUUUCUCAUGUUCUGAAUGUGAGAAAUCUUUUAGCGGGCACUCAAAUCUUGUUUCACAUCAGAGAACUCACACAGGAGAGAAACCUUUCUCAUGUUCUGAAUGUGGAAAAUGUUUUAGCGGGCACUCAAAUCUUGUUAAACAUCAGAGAAUCCACACAGGAGAGAAACCUUUCUCAUGUUCUGAAUGUGGGAGAUGGUUUAGACAUAACAUAACUCUAGUUACACAUCAGAGAACUCACACAGGAGAGAAACCUUUCUCAUGUUCUGAAUGUGGAAAAUGUUUUAUCGGGCACUCAAAUCUUGUUACACAUCAGAGAACCCACACAGGAGAGAAACCUUUCUCAUGUGGUGAAUGUGGGAAAUGCUUUAACGAGCACUCAAAUCUUAAAGCACAUCAGAGAAUCCACACAGGAGAGAAACCUUUCUCUUGUUCUGAAUGUGGGAAAUGUUUUAGCCUGCAUGUACACCUUGUAAGUCAUCCGAGAACUCACACAGGAGAGAAAUUGUUCCAAAUGUCCAAUUGA